AUGAGUUCCCAGGAUAAUGCGACUAUCCAGAAGGAGCCCAAGGAUCAAAAUGACAGCCAAGUCAUUGUCUCAGACAGAAAACCAGAAACAGGAAAAGAUGAUAUAAUCAAGUUACCCUCCGUGGGACAGAUUCUCUCAGAGUUGACUGCAUCGCCUCCAUCUUUAGCGCCUGGGGGAACCGAGGCUUUGUCUGUGGAUGAGCAAAAGGCGCUAUAUAGCUCCCUGCAAGCUCUUGUAAAAAGGUUCGAGGAAGGAGAUGAAGACGAGAGUAAAAUUGACCUCAAGGAAAUUCAUGCGUCUCUCGAGCAAGAAACCGGUGCGGGGUGCAAUUACAAGACUCUCCAGAGCGUGCGAAUCAUCCUAGAAAAACUCUGGAAGUGCAGAUCAGACUACCUGGUAUCAGCCUCGGAGCUUUUGGCGAAUGGGAGCCGCAAUCAAUCAUGGAGACUACCCUAUGGUCAAACUAGAAUUCUAGAGUUCUUUCUUCAGCUUAUAGCUUCUGAAAAUGUUAAUGAUGGACUCUUGUUUCAUUCUCUACGCUUAGCCGGCAACUCUUGCGCCGAUACUGAUGAGAACCGAGUGAUUGUUGUAAAAGACAAUUAUAUACUGGCAGUCAUCAGGCAGCUCUUAAGCCCUGGCCUUGUUCAGGUGGCGAUACCUGUGCUAUAUAAUAUAUGCGUUGAUUUUGAGCCAGCACAAUCCCAACUCGCCUCCAACAGGAUUGCAUACAUUUUGCUAAAACUUAUCAAAGAUGGUGCAUUUAAGGGUAAAGAUGCGUUGUUAAGUUUUAUCUACGAGCUUAUAGAGCAGGCCGCGGAGCAAGCCCAAGGAAUUGAAAGGUCUCCUGAUGAGACCAUCUUGCUUCUGAUAGAGCUCGCGAUUGAUGAGGACAUUUCUUUCGCACAAUUUACCUCUCUUGCCAGUUGUCUCACGACGUACCUAGACAAUCAGCACUUUCAGAACAUUUGCGUUUCAAAUUCUCUGGUGGAGCGAGUGCUGGUGGUUUUAACACGGUCAUUUUCCAUCAAAGUUGAUUCUUCUACGGAUGAUGCCCAAACCUUGGCACAACUCCAAUUAAAGAUCAACCAAUCUUUGUCAGAAUUAUCUGCCUCCCCUUUGUUUAUGGAAUAUUAUCCACUUAAUUCUUCGCUCUCGCAGACCCUGAAACAAUGGCUAGCGACGAGCAAGGAUCAGCUUCAAAUAUGCUCGUGUGUCAUGCUGGGAAAUUUGGCGCGGUCCGAUGAGGUGUGCGAGACCAUGGUUCGAGACCUAAACAUACAUAAAGAGUUGAUAUCUAUUCUGAAAAGCAAUGCUAGAGGUGCUGUGCUUCAUGCUGCGCUUGGUUUCCUGAAGAACUUGGCAAUUGCCGGCAAUAACAGACUUUACUUGGGCGAUGCUGGCAUCAUACCUGCAAUUUCCCGCUUAUGGGGAUAUGACACUGUCCCACAAGUCCAGUUCUCGGCUGCCAGCAUCGCUCGCCAGUUGAUCAUAUCAUCAGUUGAAAAUAUCUCUCGGCUGUUGGAAUCGCCCCCUCCAGAGUCCGAUUCAUCCGCUGACAGCCCGACAUACUUAUCAUUGCUCUUCGCGCUUUUUGAGAAGACCGACUCGACUCCAGUAAAGACUGAGAUUGGACGUAUAGUUGCAUCUAUAUGCCGCAUCGUCAUCCCCAAAUCCCGCGAACAAAAAGGCGAAGCAGAUCUCCUCGAGCGUCUGUUUAGCUUACAUGAGGGGGUUGCGCGUCCAAUCGGAGCUAUGGUUACUCAAACCCAAUGGCCUGUCGUGCGCAGUGAAGGCUGGUUUGCUUUAGCCUUGAUGGCAUCUAGCGGGCCGGGCUCUGUGGCCGUGAUAGACUGUCUACAGACUAUGGAGGCGUACCCGUUGCUCGAGGAGACUUUGAGCACAAAGCCUUCUUAUGAGGCAGAUGAAACAGAGAGGCUCAAGCUGACCAAGGAUCGGGACAACACGGUCAUCCUUGCUCAAGAGUUGUUGAAGAAUGAUUCUGGCACACUCCCACCUACUUGGAAAGCAAAAGUAGAAGACUUGAUGAAGAACAUUUUUACGGCAGUUGAAAAGUGA